AGCUUCUCUUAUCCAAAAUCCACAAGUUUGUGACUCUGCUUCAGUUUUUUCUCCUUCUAUAGUCAUCUUCUUCCUUACAACACACAUCAUCUUCAUCAUCAUUCCAGGAACCACCAUAACGGUAUUCCUCUCUCUCUCGUACCCUCUUUUUCUCUCUCCCUUCUGCAAGUGAAAGUACAGAUAAAGAAUGAAUGACACAGUGGAUAAGCUUGUGAUCUUUCUAGCGAAGAGAGAUGGCAUAGACAAGCUCGUGAAGACGUUCCAGUAUGUCUCCAAGCUUGCAAACUGGCGCAUGGAAGCGACGCACCCGGACAUGGCCAAGAAGUUCAAGAACUGGGAAGUCUCAUCAGGUCUCAGCCGGAAGGCGUUUCGAACCGGCCGGUUUCUCACCGGAUUAAACCUUCUCCGGCGAAACCCGGGGUCUAACCUUACUCUCCGGCUGCUAGCCAUACCGGCCAAUGCCGGUGAGAUGAUUUACUUCUUCUUCGACCACUUCACAUGGCUCGCAAGAAUUGGGACGAUAAACCCAGACUUGGCCAGAAAGAUGAGCUUCAUAUCAGCGUUUGGAGAAGCAGUAGGGUAUGUGUUCUUCAUCAUAGCUGAUUUCUUGCUGAUAAAGGAAGGGAUUAAGAAAGAGCGAAAGAUCAGAAGAAUCUUUGAAGAAGAAGAAGAUGAAGAGAAAGAAGAGAAAGAGAAGAAAGCAAAUGAUGAGGUUAAGAAGAUUAGGGUUGAUAGGGUGAUGAGGUUAAUGGCGGUGGCUGCAAAUAUUGCAGAUUUCAUCAUAGCUUUGGCUGAUAUUGAACCAAAUCCAUUCUGUAAUCAUGCUGUGACUCUAGGAAUUAGUGGGUUGGUUUCUGCUUGGUCUGGUUGGUAUAGAAAUUGGCCAUCAUAGAAACAUGCUAGCGAUUAUUCAUAUUACCAAUCAAAGAGCAAUCAUUGAAUUAAUCUGUGAUAUUCA